AUGACAACCAGAAUAGACGUUGCCACGCUCGUGGCGCAGAUGAACGAUGCCCUCGCUUCGAUUCACUCUACGAUCGAGGGCCUGUCGACAUCUGCCGCCGAGAGCGACACAAAACUCGACGAGCUCGAGCAGAAGCGUGACAUGACGCUCGCGGAACUGAAGGCCGCAUACGAAAAAGAACAAGAAGAGCUCGCGGCCGCACGCCAGAAAGAGCUGGAAGAAAUCGCAGAGCAGAGGCGUAGAGAAGACGAAGAGCGAGAAGCCCGUCGCCGCCGAGAAGACGAGGAGCGUGCGGCCCUCAAAGCAAAAGAGGACGAGGAGAAGCAAGGCACAUUUAAUACCACUACCCGUAAUGUCGAGGACGAGAUGGAUAACCUCAUGGACAACAUUGAGGAAGAGACAGCCAAGAAGCUUGCCGAAGGCGAAGCGAAGUUGGCUCAGCUUGAGGAGAAGAGAAAAGAACUCAACCGAUUGAUUGAGGAGCAAAUGAAGGCGGCGGUGCCUCCCGUUCCCACGCGGAAGCGCGCGAGAACAGUACGAAACUCCGGUGCUGCUGCACCAGCCGAACAGCCUCCUCCGCCAACAGCCGAAGCUCCCGCCGAGUCCGCUCCAAAAGACAAAAGCGUAAAAGAGGAGGCCCCCAAACCGUCUGAUGAGGCACAGGUCAAUGCGCCGGCCGAAGAAGAUAAUGGUCCCAAAGGUGACGACUCCCAGCCACAACCCAAAGAACCCGUGGCUGAAAGAAGCGUGGAGGAGGACAUUGGCAACCAAGAGACAAAGGGCAGAGAGGUGACGCCUCCAGCUGAGGCAGUCACCUCGGAGUCCAAGGAGGCUUCCGAGGAGAAGGCGAGUUCCGAGGAGACAGCCGUUAAGGCGGCUCUCUCGGCGGACGCUCCCAAGGCCGAGCGCGAAUCAGAAGCUGAGUCGGCGAAAGACGUCGGAGAAUCAGUUUCAGAAGAGCCCUCAAGCAACGCAGCCGCUGCCACCGUUGAAAACUCCCAACGGAAUGCUCCGGCUGAAACUGAAGACACCCCUGUUGAGUCCCAAAGUUCUGUUCCUGCAGAGGAGAAGGGCAAGGCUGAGAAGCCUGAGGAGACGUCCGAGAACGCACGGGAUGAGGCGCCUUCCAUUGUCGAGGAGCCAUCCAUCGAAAAGCCAGUACCACAAGAAUCUGCUCCUGCAGAAUCCAAGAUUGCCGAGGAAGCCCCUGCUACGGACGUAGCGACAAUAGAGGCUCACAACGACCCCGCUGUCGGCAAGGACCCUGUUCAAGAUGUAUCCCAGGACAAAGAGGCAACGUUAUCCGAUAAGAGCGCCAUUUCCGAAGCUGCCGAGGCAGAAGGUCUGGCUGAAGAGCACACAAGUGCUCCCAAGCCAUCCACUGAAGUUGAAGAGCAGCAGGAAGAUUCAACAACUUCGGACGACAAACCAGCAAGGGAGCAGCCUGCGAGCGCUAGUGAAGAUGCUGAACCUGUCUCCAGCCUAGCGGAUGAGCAUGGAGAUACCCCGAAAGCCAAAGAAGAGAAGGCUGCUGGUGAAGAUGUUGACGAGACCACAAAAGAAAGGUCCGUGCUUGAGUUUUCCAUGAAGGCCGUGGUUGACGAGCGUGCCUCUGAGGAGGAUCACGCUGCGGAAAGCACCGAGCAAGUGGUGGAGGAGGCAAGUCUGGAGACCGGCGAUACCAAGGAGCAUCAGGAAAAGGACUCAGAUGAAGCCCGCGACGUCUCCGAGCCUCAUUCGAAGGCAGUCGAAGGAGAGCCAAGUCAAGGAGACGACGCGGCUGUUGAUGGCCCCUCACACCUGAACGAAGCCGCUUCCGGAGAAGAAACCAAGUACGAGGAAAACAAGACCACUCUCGCAGCGACAUCAGCUGAACCUGAGGAAUCCACCGGUGCCCUUACGGAAGAGAGUGAUGCUACGCUAAAGGAGACCUCCAAGGAGUCUGAUACUGCCGCCACCGAACACGCUGAGCCUGCACGAGAAGACACCGUCCAGGACACUGGAAUCCCUUCGAGGUCUUUAGCUCUCGAGCAUGCACCAGCUGAGGAUGCGGCGCCUGCAUCCGGAAGCGUUACCAAGGAGUUGGAUACUCCUCAGCACGAAGAGGCUGAAGAUCGGGAAGUUGCCCCUCUGGAAGAGACCGCUCGAACUGAGAGCGCCAAGGAGCCCGAAUCUCCCACCAUGGGAACGGCAACCGUGCACGACGACGCUCCCCAGGAUGACACUGCUUCUCCCAUCAUCCAAACUUCCAAGAGUGUCUCUAUGAAUGUCGAGGAUGAUUCUUCUGAGGAGCCUGACAGAAAAGAGCAUUUCAAGGAAGAGGAAAACGACCGUGUCGUAGAUGAUUCACUAGUGGAAGAAAGGGCUUCUAUGAUGGACGAAGACAAGCACAAGGAGUUUCCAGCUGCCGGCGAUAAGACCAUGGAUGACGAACCCGCUGGAGAACAGAUUACCGCAGCGGAAGAGACAUCCGUCAAAGAAGUAGCUUCCAACGAGGAGAGGUCAAAUCCAAUGGAUGAUGAGUCUUUGUCCGAAGCGCAACCCGUUCUAGGGAAGAGCACGAAGUCAGAUGGUUCCGAGGCUGCCGACGAUUCAGAGGAAGUCGAGCCCACCGAGGCAAAGGAUAAGGCCGCCGAGCCAUCAUCUUCUGAAGCAUCCCCGACCCAGGACCGACCAGAAACUCACAUUAGCCAACUAGACCUGGCCCAUUUCAAGGAAGUUUCUGAGCAAGAGAGUUCGGCAAUGAGCGGCGAGGUGCAACCCCAGCUUGAGUCUCAGGAAACCCCAGUGGAAGUCAGUGAAUUGCCCCAGACAACCCAAGAGGAGGAAGAACAUCUACCAACCGCUGCCAGCAAAGAUCUUGAAGAUGGAAAUCCCAAACACGGGGACACUUCACAUACGCCAGAAGAACAAUUCGCUGGUAGUGUCCCUGACGCAGCUGAGGACGAUUCCGCUGCUGGACCUCUUGACGCCACCACCAACGCCCCUACCGAUGUUGAAUUGACGGAAGACGUCGAGGCCGAGGGAAAAGCGCACAAUCUGGUGCACGAGGGCCCAGCUGAGGACAAUAAGCUUGAAGAUGACCAAGACGUCCGGGAAAAGGCUUCCGCUGCCUUUGCCAAAGAAGACCAGACCGACAAGGCUGAUAAAUCCGACUCUCCUGAGACCCAUGUUGAAGUUGAGAAGGCUCAACCGUCAGCUUCAGAACAGCAUGAGGAUGCUCCAGACUCUCGAGAGACGGCUGGGGCUGUUAUUUACGACAAGGAACGGGAGCAUGAUGCUGAGAUGUCAGACAAGGAAGAGGAAGCUCACGACAAGAGCCACUUGAAUGAUGCCCAACAGCACGAUUCUCAAGGAAGCAGCGUGGCGCUGGAGCCCGAGUCCAAGAAGAUUGACUCUCCCCAUGCUGAAGCUGAAGUCUUGGAUCCGUCUCGCGACGAUGUCAGCCUCGAUGAUGUCGAUCGUUCGCAUGAGGCCGACCUUUCCGUCAUCACUGAGCACACCGAGCCCGCCGCAUCUGCUGUUGGCGACACCUCUGAGCUAGCUGCAAAAUCCGAAGAAUACUUCCUUUCCGAGUCCGUGAGCCGCAACGUCUCUGUGGCCCCUGAUGCCACGCUUGACAGUUCCUCCAUGACUGAGACUACGAGCAUGGCUGCAGAUCAGAGCUACGAGCAGGACCAGCAACACAGGAACCUUUUGCCGGCCGUCGGCGCUCUUGAGCACAACGACAAUGGCUUUGCUUUCUCGGAUAGAGCCCACAUUGACGAGGAAGAAGACAACACCUCCUCUUCUGUCCAGAGUGUGAAGGAAGAUGACGACAUCAUCAAGUCAUCGGAAGCCUCCUAUAACCCCUUUGCGAGAGCGAAUGCUGCAAGCUACGAGCAACCAGCAUACCAGUCGUCGGAUAUCCCGUAUAACCCGUUUGCACUGGAAACCGUUGUCGAGGAGGAACCGCCGCGCAACCCUUUCGCCAGCCAGAUGACAGAUGACGCGUCGGAAGCUUCCAAUAACCCUCUUUCUCGCAACAUGACCAGUGCUGCCGAAAACUUCCUCCGAUCGGCUAGCGCUCUCAGUCAUAGCCAGCCAUCUUCGCCCGAGCAGAGUUUCGCUCGGUCUGGUAGUGCGCAAGGACACCGCGACAGCGUUAGCUCUACCAACCCGUUUGCCAGAAGCAUGACCCCUCUUGGACAGCAAGAUGUUGAGCACUCCCCGAACGAACCCUUUGACCGGCCAACCACCGCGCAAGGCCACUACGAGGUAGAUGAUACCGAUUCUGACGACGAGGAAGCACUCGCGGCAGCCGAAUCAGCAUACAAGACCUUGUUCCCGGUGCGGCGCAGCUCACCCAUUGCCAACGAGGGCCUAGCAUCUGCAGCGCAGAACAUCGAGCACCGACAACCUACCCCGCCAGUUCCCGAGUCGGCAUACAGCAAUCCCUUUGCUACAACAAGCAGUCCUGUUGGUGCGGGCUUUGCUGAAACGCGGCCCCAACAGGGCUUCUCAUCCCCGACUGGCGAGAUCGAGUACUCGUUUGCUGGUGCUGACGGGUCUAUGAACCCGAGCGCUCAGCAGUUCGCCCAGGAGAGCAGCCCGCUUUUCGCCAGGCAUCGUGCGUCGUCAUCUCUGGACAGCAUCCAGGAACGCUACAACAGCGAGUUGGAGGAUAUGGAAUCUGACUCGGAAGAGCCAGAGAGCCUCUCAGCCUCUCAGCAACUGCCAGCUUCGCAGCACCACGCCAUCCCCCCUAUGCCGAGCAUCGCUGAGCGCUCCUUUCAAGAAUUUGAAGACUCUGACGAGGAACAAGACUUGGAAUCUCGCGACCCUCAGAGCGACCGUAUGGAUAAUGUGUUGACAUCUCCCGAGUACAGACCAAGCUCCCCUCCCCUUCAAUCCCCCUCACGUUCUCUGAACUCCCACAACCUCAACUCUGAAGAGGUGAACAACUCGUCCGAAGACGACGGUGAUAUCCCAAGCGCUCAUCCUGCUCAUCCCGUACAGACAAGCACUCUCUCAUCAUCCCAGGAUAGCGAAACGCCCCUCUCUCCUUCUCUCCGCGCGUCCAGCUCUCAGGGACACUACAGUCAGCAACCGAAACCGGAAGACUCAGACCCGGCGUCUGGCCCACUGCCUCCCCUCGCCCCCAGUUCCCUCUCUCAAACCCACCUGCAGGUCGAGAACUCAGAUGAGGAAGAUCAAGUUGUCUUGCCCGCGAGCAUUACCCAGCCUAACAUCCCUAGUGCACUGGCAUUGUCAGAGAACCAGGCGACCCCUUCACCACCACUAUCACCACCACCGCGUUCCCCUAGCUCUCAGGGUCUCGAUAAUCAAGAGCAUCAGGACUCAAGUGAGGACCAAGCUCGACCUGGUCAGUUCCCCUUUUCAUCAUCAUCUCAGUCUAGGGCCGCUCCGUCCCCGCUUCUGGGAGCCCCAAGCUCUCACGGACAAUACCGCCAGGAUCUCGAGGAUUCAUAUGACGAAGAGGAUGAAUGGGAUUCGAAAGCCACCUUGCCCGGCCAGACUCCAAGUCUGUCGACGCCGCAACACAUGGCAGCCCCGCCAUCACCUCCGCCUGCGCAUACAACCAGUGCACAGGGCCACUACCGUCAAGAACUCGAAGAAUCGGACAGAGAGGAGAAUGAGGAGGCAUGGGAAGCUAAUCAAUAUGGUCAGACAACGAACUUGAUGGGAGCAAGCAACCAGAUGGCGCAGACCAAUGCGACGGAGCCAGUAUCCAGGGAGUCGGUACCAGCAAUAAGCAGCCAGGACCUACAAAGUCAUCAAAGAGAAGAAGAAGGGGAAGAAAGCGAUGAUUCUUGGGAGAACAUUGGGCAGCGCGGUGAGACACAUGCAGUUGGCUCGGCAGACCCGACAUCCCCCGCGCUUCCCACGUCCCAGCUGCACGCCGAUGACUACAAACAACAGUGGUCAAACGCGAGCAAUGACGGUAUUUCCACAACGUCAACUUAUCUCCAACAAUCCGGACCAGGGGACUUCACAGAUACUGAAUCUCAGGAGUACGUCACCCCGUUGCCUUCGGCUGGGUUCAGCGCGUCUUCGCAGUACGCACAAGGGGUCAUGGACUCGCCACGACAUCCGGAAUCGGCCGGCCUCAAGAACACUUACGACCAAAGUUACAACCGAGGGGUCAUAAGUCCCUCGUACGGCCAAGACGUGUCAUUUGACCGAAAAUCAUCGCUUGCCGAAGAGCUUGCCCAAGACCAUGACUCGGACUCGGACGUCAGCGAGUACGACUACACAAAAGCACCUGCGUUCCUCACCCAAGGCUUCGCCUCCCAGCAGCAGCAGCAACAGCACUCCAACGAGUCUAUUGUGGAGCAGGUUGUCACCACAUCUUGCACCGAUGAAGAUGACGGCCCCAAGACCGCAGUAAUCACCCCUGACGAGCACCCAGCGCAGCACGCAUCUGCUCACUUUGGGGCAACAUCAUGGCGUGACGAGCUUAGAUCGCCCAGUCUGUUCGGUGCUACAAGAACCAGCCGCUCGGGUUCCUUUAGAGAAGAUGUCCAGCAGUCUCUUCAUGACGAAGCCGAUGCUAGCCAUCUAUCUUCCCCUCAAUCCGCACACCAGCCGGAACUUCUGGCUCAGGGAGCGUACGUGCCACAGCAACCUCAAUUUCACGACCAAGAAGUGCGUGAUCGACAAUCACAAUUGCACGGGCAAAACCUAGAUGCCCCACAGGGUUCUGAAGAUCAUUCAUGCGGCCAAACGCCUCUCGAAACGCAAUUGCUCGGGAUGACCGGAGGCUCCUGGGAGCAACCCCAAGCGCAGUCUGCCCAACCGACAGCGUCGCAACCUGAAGUUCGAGUAGAGACAUCAGGCGUCCAAGCGGAAGAGGAUGACGAGCAGAGAACUCCGCAUCUGGCGCCACAGCAGAGUGAGCAACACCCAGACGUCAGCCCCAUGGCGUUGCACCAGGAAUCGCCUGAGGCGCCGUCAUCGCAGGGGACCCCUUCUCGCGGCCUCGCAUUCAGCAGACACAAUCCUGAACGGCCGCAGACACCGCCUAAUCAGACAGCCGUGGAAGAGAGUAUUGAUCCCGAGCUGAUCGUCCCGCGCGACGUGACAAACGUGCCAUGGCGUGACAGGGCCGACUCGGUCCCGUACUCGGUGCAAAGCCAAAGUACCAUUGACUCCAUGGCGUCUUCGCCGGUGCACUCGGCGCUGCAUGUCGACAAGCACGAGCCUGUCAUCCGGGACUCAUGGCCGGCCUCUAUGCACAAUCUGACGAGGCCACGCAACGACUCUACACUGACGGACCGCGACGACUACGACCCCUUCAAGUACGAAGGCGGCGUCAAGGCGACGCGUGGGCCAUCGGGUUCCGUGGGGUCCGCGACAGACAGCCCUCAUCGGAACUCGGUAUCAGGCAGCUCGCCUGGGGGCCUGAUUAGCAGGAUGCGCGGCAUCUUUGAGAACUCGCAGACCAAGCAAGAGCCGGCGAGCCCGGCCCGAUCACGGCCCGUGUCCGGGGUCUUCCACCCCGUACAGCGGACCAAGACCGGCAGCGGGGGCAACAGCCCCGGGUACGAGCGCAAGGCAGGGUUCCUCAACGAAGUCGAAGACGAAAUAGACGAGCAGAGCGCGCUGCUGCGCAGCUCUGCGGGCGGGCUGGAUGAGAAUUGA